ACGACAUGCUGUAAAUAAAUCACUGUCUGCAAUGGCGACGCUUGCAAGUGUAUUUUCGAAGGGCACCCGGCUAGGGAAAAGAGUGAAGUAUUUGUGUUGGCAUGGAGGAAAAUAUUGCAGUAGUGUAGCAACACCAAAAAUUACCACACAUUACACAGUUCAUCCAAGGGAAAAUGAUCCUAGAUGGAAAGAGGUGGAUAUGGAACGAUUUGGCGAUGAAGCAGAUGUUCUGAUUGUGGGAGGGGGUCCAGCAGGAUUGUCUGCAGCAUGUAAACUCAAGUUACUGGCCAAUGAGCAGGGCAAGGACCUGAGGGUGUGUCUGGUGGAGAAAGCCGCAGAAAUAGGUGGCCAUACCUUAUCAGGAGCUUGCAUUGAACCAAGGUCUCUUGAGGAGCUGUUUCCUAACUGGAGAGAAAUGGGAGCUCCUUUGAAGACAGAAGUUAAAGAGGACAAAUUUUCAUAUUUGACAGAAAAGGGUAGGAUUCCUAUCCCAGUUUUACCAGGCAUGCCUAUGAGUAACCAUGGUAAUUACAUAGUAAGGUUAGGCAAUGUUGUGAGAUGGCUCGGGGAACAAGCAGAGGCAUUAGGAGUUGAAAUAUACCCUGGUUAUGCUGCAAGUGAGGUUUUGUUCCAUGAAGAUGGGAGUGUUAAAGGAAUAGCAACAAAUGAUGUUGGAAUUCACAAAGAUGGAUCACCUAAGGAAACAUUCGAAAGGGGAAUGGAACUUCAUGCCAAAGUGACCAUAUUUAGUGAAGGUUGUCAUGGACACUUAGCCAAACAAUUGUACAAAAAGUUUGAUCUCAGGAAGGACUGUGAACCCCAGACCUAUGGGAUAGGAUUCAAAGAACUGUGGGAAAUAGACCCUGCACUCCACCAGCCAGGGAAAGUGGAGCACACCAUUGGAUGGCCAUUUGAUAACAACACCUAUGGUGGGACCUUCCUGUACCAUUUAGACGAAGGUCCUCUCAUUGUUGUGGGCAUUGUGGUUGGUCUAGAUUAUAAAAAUCCCUAUUUGAGUCCAUUUAGAGAAUUUCAGAGAUUUAAGCAUCAUCCAUCAAUUGAACCUCUGUUCCGUACGGGUAAAAGAAUUGGGUAUGGAGCCAGGGCACUAAAUGAGGGAGGAGUGCAGUCCAUUCCUAAACUGACUUUCCCGGGAGGUUGCUUGAUUGGGUGUAGUCCAGGAUUUAUGAAUGUGCCAAAAAUAAAGGGUACCCACAAUGCAAUGAAGAGUGGCAUGUUGGCAGCUGAAUCUGUGUUUGAUUUAGUAACAGAUGAAGAAAAAGUUUCACAGUCACCAACUGCAGGAUUAGAACCAGUUAAAUAUGAGGAGAACUUGAAGAACAGCUGGCUGUGGAAGGAGCUGCAUUCUGUCCGUAAUGUCAGGCCGUCCUUCAACACAAGCCUGGGAACUGUAGGGGGCGUCAUUUACACAGGCCUCUUCUACUGGAUAAUGAGAGGGAAGGAGCCGUGGACUCUACAUCAUGGGGGACCCGAUAAUGCCAAGUUAAAACCAGCCAAAGAGUGUAAGGUUAUUGACUACCCUAGACCAGACGGAGUUGUGAGUUUUGACCUUUUGACCUCUGUAGCCCUCACUGGCACCAAUCACGACCAUGACCAGCCAGCUCACCUGACGUUGAUGGAUGACUCUGUUCCUGUUAAUCAUAAUCUGGCAAUCUAUGAUGGCCCUGAACAAAGAUUCUGUCCAGCAGGUGUUUAUGAAUAUGUCGAGUUGGAGGAUGGCAGUGGUAAAAGACUACAGAUCAAUGCUCAAAACUGUAUUCACUGUAAAACCUGUGAUAUCAAGGACCCCAGUCAGAACAUCAACUGGGUGUGUCCCCAGGGAGGGGAGGGACCAGCAUACAAUGGAAUGUGAACAAUCUGACCAUCUUACAUCUCACAACUACUACUGCUGUGGUUUCACAAAGCUUACACUUGUGUGAACAAGUCUUCUUCCUGCUUCAGUACAGGUUUUUAUGUGUCAUCUUCUUUCUGUUACAGUAGUAAGAGAAGAUGAGUAUUCUGUAUCAAUGUUUCAAAAAUGCAGUUUUUCUCAGGGAUGCUAGCUGUACAUGAUAGCAGUGGCAUGAAAAAAUUGCCUUUUGAUUACUAAAAAUGUGAAACAAUACCCAUUACUCUUUUUUCUUUUUUUUGCAAAAUAAGUCUUCAUGACCAUAUUAUUGUAUAUGCUUUCAUUUAUGUAUAAAUCUUGAGUCUAUGGGAACUAGAAAUACUAAUUUCCUAGAACAUUUUUUUCAACCACUCUUUGAGAGUUCAUGAUUUGUUAUUAAUAUUAGUUUUGUAGAAUUUAAAUUGUAAUGAAUCUCAUGAAAAGUCAAUCAGUGGUACUAGAUUUUUUGAUUUGUAAAUAAUACCUAGUUUCACGAUAGAUUUCAAUUCUAUGUAGUUUUAAUGGUGUUUGUUAAAAACUUAUUUAAAUCUAUCUUUAUGUGUAUGAACUGUACUUGGAGCUUGUCUUUGAACACAAUCAUUAUUUAUUGAGUUUGAAGUAAAUUGUUGAAUGUU